AUGCCAGGCCCAGCAUUCGGAGCUCUUGGAGCAUCUUUCACCGUUACCCGUGCUAUGCAAGCCAUAUGCCUCAUCUCUAUCAUCGGCAUGACCGCAAACUUCAUCGCAGAGAUGGUAGCAUCCAAUCAAUCACCACCUCGCGUGCUGAUCGGGACACUCUCCGUCACCUGCAUAGCUGUCCUCUAUAUAACAAUCUCCUACAUCCUCUAUUUCGACUCCCUGCUCCCAUUCCUGGUUUCCACCGGUCUGGACUCCGCGAUCCUAAUUGCCGUAAUCGUCGUUGCUGUCACAGUCGGUAAACCUCUCUCGUACCUCGACUGUGCCGCUCUCCCCUCUUCUGGCGCUACCUCAUCAUUCCUCGACUCCGUAGGCAUCAAUAUGUCUAAGGUUAACUAUUGGGUCUGGGCUGGUGCCAGUAAGACGACGUGUUACGAGAUGAAGGCCAUCUGGGGCCUGAGCAUUGCGCUUUGUAUUCUGUUUGCUUUUAGUGGGGUGAUUAGUGUUUGUCUUUGGAGGAGACAACAGAUGUUUGCGCCGGGGAAGGAUGUGGAGGAUAACUGA